AUGGUUUUUAAUUACGUAAUCAUAGUUAUGAUGUCAAUUUCUUAAACCUCUUGUCAGUUUUAUUCUCUAGAAUCAGAGUAUUAAUUUUUCUUUAUGAUAUAGCAAUCUUAUUUAUCCCUUUUAUAUGUAGCAAAAUCUAGGAGAUCUAGAAAGUGGAAAUAUAUACAAUUACAAUAUAAAUAACUUUGGAAUUGAUAGCUUAAACGACGAUUUUAAUAUUGGAAGUAUUGAUUCUAUCAAAUAUAGUUUGGGUGAAUCCUAUUAAUUAUAGUUCUUAUUAUUAACUCAUUAUGUAAAUAAAUGGUAAUCAAAUCACUGUGAUAUAUUACAAUUAACAAAUCAGAAUUUUAGAUUAUUAUUAUGGCUAUUUAUAUCAAUCCUCUAUUUAGAAUUACUGGAUAUAUGUGUAUUAUUAAUAAAGAUCAAUUUUUGGAAUAUAUUAAAUUUGUUUUAUUGUAAUUUAUUAUGGACCAAAUCCUACAUGCAUUGAGCUGCCACCUAAUAAUUACUAUAAUUUUGGCUUUCUUUAACCAUCGAUUAAUUUAGAUAGUUUCUUUAACUAUUAUUAUAGUAAUUUUAUAUUACCUUUUGAUGGAUAAGCUAUCUCUAUUACUAUUAAAAAAAUGAAGAUAUAUUAGAGUUUUAAUUUUCAAAUGAUUGAUUUAAUGACUUUAAUGUAGUAUAUUGAACCAGAAGUGAUAUUAGAUCUAAAAAUAUAUGAAAGAAUUCAAACCCAAAUUUUAAAAGAUUGGAGCGAUUAUUAACAUAUUGUAUAGAUGGGAAAUUCAUUAAACUCAGAUUCUUAUGAUCCCCUAAUAAUUGUAAAUGAAUAAAUGUUAUAAUUUUCAAACUAAUAAUACAUUUAAAUUGAAAAUUUUAAGAUUUCCCAAUCACUAACAAUUGAAAUUUAAUUAUCUUCUGAUUCAAUUUCAGGAGAGUUCAUUAUACUCUCAUUAACUUCAAGAAGAUUAUAAUCAAAUAUUAUAAAAAUUAUGGCAGAUUUUAACUAUUAACAGAUUACAAUUUUAUUUUCACAGUAUAGUGUAUCUUUUACUAGUGGUAUUGAUUUUAAUUAAAAGUUAAUGAUUGGAAUUCUAAAUUUGGUUGAAAUGACUGUAAUUUUAUUUAUUUAAAAUGGCUAAAUAUUAAAUUUGAAUCCUUAUUUUACUUCAAUCGAUAUAAGAGAUACAGAUACUUUAAUUAUUGGAUCAAUUGAAAGUAUAUAUUGAUAUAAAUAAAGAUUUGAGUUCAGAAUCAUUUUAUUUAUCUAGUUUGA